CCAGUCGCCGCGCCUCGCCUCGCCGCCCGCUUGCCAAAAUCUGGCCGAAUUCCGAGGCGAGCGGAUCGCUGCCGCUGCCGCCUCGCCGCCCGAGCUCUCGGCCCUCGCCGAGGUUGCACGCGUCGCUCGGCUCGGCUGCGCUAGCUGCGCUGCGCUAGCGCUGGCCCGCCGCCGGGCGCUCCCUGCAGCUCCCCGCCGCUGAGCCACCGAGGCCGGUCCUGGUGGCGCGGCUCGAGCGCUGCGGAGGCCCGCCUGCUGAGGCCUCUCCAGACCGGAGUCGGACCGGAGCGAGGCCGGACAGCCUACCGGAGUACCGCCGGAGCGGACACCCCUGCCGCGCCGGCGUCUCACGUUCUCCCUCGGACAUGCGUCGGAAAGCGAUCCCCGUCGCCGCGCGGUCUCUGCAAGCAAGAGGGGAAGGCGGUGAAGGCGGAGAGGAAGGCGCUCCCCCAGACGGGCCGGAGCGCGAGGACGGCGACGAGGAGGAGUCGGCCGAGUCGUCUGUCGGCUCGCCGAGGCCGGCGGCCAACGCGCCCCUGCCGGACGAGGAGGCCCCCGCCGAGCACGGCGACAUGCACAUCGCCACGUCGCCAGGGUGCUCGCCACCCCCGCACCCCAUGAUCGCCGCGGACAACACGAGACCCGCCAGCCUGCCCGCCGGCCGGGAGGACCGCGAUGAGAGAGAGUCGCCCAGCCGCUGCCCGUCCAGGGACUCGCGGGCGUCCGUCGGCUCGGCCCGGUGCCCGUCGAGGGAGUCGGACCUGCCGCCGGGCGUGGACGCCAUCGCCGCCGCCCUGCCCACCACUCUGCAGGCGCACUCCGCCGUGGCGGCGCUGCUGGGCGUGUCCCCGCACCGGCUCAUGUCCUCCAUGGCCGCGCGGGGCCCCAUCUCCCCGCACGUGUCGUCAUCGUCGUCCCCGCCCAACCACCCGCUGAGCUCGCCGCCCUCGUCGCCCAACGACCAGGACGGCUCUGCCCUGGACUUCAGCAAGAAGUCGACCUCCUCCAAGCGGGACCGCGACCGAGACGUCAUGGACCCCGACGCGCUCAACCUGAGCAAGCCCGAGACCCCCGAGCCUGAUGGCGGCGCUCCCCUCGACCUGUCCUGCUCCAGCCGCAAGCGCAGCCACGACGACACCCCGUCGCCGAUGCUGUCGCCGAGGCCGCCGUCCAAGUCGGCGCGCGUGUCCAACGACUUCAAGAACGUGGUCUCGCCGUGGACGUCGCCCGUCGUGGCCUCGCACUUCCCGUACUUCGCCGCGGCGGUGGCGGCCGCCUCGGGGAUGUCGCCCAAGAACAGCAGCCCCAACGCGGCGACCGCGGCGGCGGCGGCCAUGAUGGACCCGUCCCUCUGGAACGGGAAGCUCAAGGGCGGCCCGCCCUCGGACGCCACCAAGGCCCUGGAGAAGAUGAGCGAGCUGUCCAAGCUGGGCAGCGACGAGAUGUUCCGGCCGCUCAUGGGCGGGCCUGGCGCGGGCGGAGCCACCGGGAGGCACAGCGCGUGGCAGAGCCACUGGCUCAACAAGGGUGCCGACACCGCCAAGGACGUGCUCAAGUGCGUCUGGUGCAAGCAGAGCUUCCCGUCGCUCGCCGCGCUCACCACGCACAUGAAGGAGGCCAAGCACUGCGGCGUCAAUGUGCCGGUGCCGCCCAUCCAGCCGCCGCCACCUCCACCGCCGUCAGGCCGCGAGCGGGAGCGAGAACGGGAGCGGGAGCGGGCGCAGGAGCGCGAGCGGGAACGAGAGCGGGAGAGGGAGCGAGAGCGGGAGCGGGACUAUCCACCAACCACACCCUCUCCCAACCACCCGGGCAAGUCGCCGUCCGACCUCAACAUGCUCAUCAAGGAGACCAUGCCGCUGCCCCGCAAGCUGGUGCGCGGCCAGGACGUCUGGCUGGGCAAGGGCGCGGAGCAGACCCGCCAGAUCCUCAAGUGCAUGUGGUGCGGGCAGUCCUUCCGCUCGCUCGCCGAAAUGACCCAGCACAUGCAGCAGACGCAGCACUACACCAACAUCAUCUCGCAGGAGCAGAUCAUCUCCUGGAAGACGAGCGACGGCGAGAAGCCCCCCAGUCAGUCGGCGCCCAGCGGCUCUCAGGGGCCGCCAGGCGGGCCGAGCGCCGCGCCACCACCCAACAACGCGGGCGCCAGUAGUCACGUGAGCGCCGUCCUCACCUGCAAGGUGUGCGACCAGGCGUUCAGCUCACUCAAGGAUCUCAGCAACCACAUGGUGAAGAACCAGCACUACAAGGAGCACAUCAUGCGCUCCAUCACCGAGUCAGGCGGCCGGCGGCGGCAGACGAGGGAGAAGAGGAAAAAGUCGCUCCCCGUCCGCAAGCUGCUGGAGCUGGAGCGGGCCCAGAACGAGCUGAAGAACGGCGAGGCGGGGCUCAUGGGCGUCAAACUGCCGCGCGACCUGGGCCGCGACCUGGGGCUCACCACCAAGAUCUCGUGCGAGAAGUGCGGCGACAAGAUCGAGACGGCCGUGUUCGUGGACCACGUGCGGCUGUGCGUCGGCGGAGGCCUCAUCACCCCCGACCAGCGCAACCUCCUGAAGAACGCGCUGCUCUCGCAGAGUGUGCUCUCGCCCGAGAGCCCCACCCACCCCAGCAUGAGGGACUCCAGGGACUCGCGGAAGAGCAAGGACGAGCGGCCGCAGCUGUCACCCACGUCGGACACCCCCGGCAGCCCCAAGGACGCCCCUGCCAAGACCGAGGGCGCCAAGAGCGACUCGCCGUCCGUGCUGUGCGCCAUCGAGAAGCUUAUCGAGAAGAGCUUCGACUCUCGGGUGAGGCACGGCGCCAACUUCCCGGGGCCCGGCGCGCCCGGCGCUGCCAUGGGCUCCAGCAUCCUCAAGAGGCUGGGCAUCGACGAGACGGUGGACUACACCAAGCCGCUGGUGGACCCGCAGACCAUGAACCUCCUGCGCACCUACCACCAGCAGCAGCAGCAGAUGUACCACCGGCGGGAGCGCAGCGGCAGCGAGUCGUCCUCCAUGUCGGAGCGGGGCGGCGGCAGCGCGGGCCGGCCGGAGGCGCUCACCCCCGACCGGAAGUCAGACCAGCACACGCCACGCACCACCCCCGACAAGCGGAUGUCGCCGCCCGCCUCUAAGGGCGAGUCUGAUGACGAGGACCACCUGCCCAUCAAGCGGGAGAGGAGAGACCACGACGAUGACGACGACCACCAUGACGUCAACGAGAGGCUAAGGGCGCCUGCGUCGGUCGACGGCAUCAAGCGGGAGAAGGACGACUUGGAGGACGAGGACCGCGUGAGCGUGGCCAGUAGGUCGCACAAGACGCCGGACCGGGACCUGGACGACCACCACUCGGAGGGGCGGCGGAGCGUGGGGGCCGAGAGUCGGGGGCGGAGCAGCGUGGGGCCGCCCAGCCCCGCGCCCACGCACAGCCCCCGGCACACGCCGCUGCCCGCCGCCAGCCCCGCCUCCAGCGAGCGCUCCACCCCGCGCAGCUCCUCGGACCGCAAGUCGUCGCUGGGCGCGCUCUCCUCCAUGUUCGACAGCCUGUCGGGCUCCGGGGCCACGGAGGGCGGCGCGGGCGGCGGCAAGGCGAGCAGCCACCCGCUGGCCGCCCUGCAGAAGCUGUGCGACAAGACUGAGACCCACCGGCACGCGCGCGGCAACGCCAACAACAACAAUAAUAACAACAAUAACAACAACUCGAGCGCCGCGGCCAGCGCGGUGUCCGCACCGCCCGCCACCACCCCCGGGGCCAUCCUCGCCUUCAGCUGGGCCUGCAACGACGCCAUCAUGACGGAGAACUCGGUCAUGAAGUGCGCCUUUUGUGACACGCCCUUCAUCUCAAAGGGCGCCUACCGCCACCACCUGUCCAAGAUGCACUUCGUCAAGGACGGCGCCAUCCCUGACCCCGUCACCAUCAAGGCGCACCAGGCCGCGGCAGCCGCGGCGGCUGCGGCGCAACCCCCAACCCCUGGCGCCUCCUCGUCGGGCUCCUCCAAAACGUCCAACGGGUCGUCUGCCAACCCGGGCGCAAACUCGCCCGGGAAGUCACCCCAGGCACCUCCCGCCUUCGAAGAGAGUCCGCAUUCCAAGUUCCUCAAGUACACAGAGCUGGCUAAGCAACUGAGUAGUAAAUAUGUGUGAACUGUGAAAAGCGUGUAGUGUGGACUCCUUCAGUGGCGCCCUUACUAAUACCAGUGAGCUCGGUUACCUUAUUGUAUAAAUUAAAAUUUAAACCGCGUUGUUAGGAAUGAAUCUUCUUUCAAGUAUCUUUAGAAGCAUAGGUAUGUGAAGUGACUUCUACAAUCAUUCCUUUAUGAUCGUCUAUGCUGGGAUCCACUUUCCUUUAAAGCACAUUUAUCUUGCCAUUUAUUGUAAAUGUGUCCAUUUGUGAGUUGAUAUGUUGACUAUUUCUUAUAUAUUGAAGUGCAAUUUAGCCUGAUGGUGAUGUUAUUUGCCCACAGUAAGGGCUUCCUACCAUAUCCCAGUGUAAACCAGUGAUGGUGUUACCUUUUAGAAAAUGCGCGUAUACGGAAAUUAGAUUUGUGAAUCGUUAUCUCAUGUUUGGUAGUAGACAGUGGGAUUUUUUACCAAAUAAAUCUCGGUGCCCUAAUCCCCAUCCCCUCAUCAAUGUGAUACGUGAACUAUGUUCACAAAUGACCCUAUCCUAUAAUAUGUAUACCAACUUAAAUAUUUAAUUAUAAGAUGAGAUUGAGCUGAGAGUGAUCAAGGCAGACCCAACAAACAAAAGGUAUACUAGCAUGUAUAAAAUACACGAAUGAAAAAUCUUUUCUAUUUGCUCAUGUAGAAAAUUAUGAGGCCUGCAGUCCCUCUCUUCUGCUAUUUGAUAUAUAAUAUUUACAUAUAUACAUAUAUGUUUUCACAGGAUAUUUUCCGAUCCUCUGCUCCUUUAAAAUAAGUAUUAUCAAGUACCUACAAACAAUCGUAUACGUAUCUGCUACAAAAUUGAAAAAAACUAUUUCUAUCUUCUUUAUUUUGGACGUUUUAAAUUCAAAAAAUACAUCAUAUAUUAUGACGUCCUUAGGACAUUGAUGACUAUUAUAACUCUUAUGUAUACGCUCUAGAUCAAAUAAUCGAAACUUCAAGACUCCUUGGAACAAAGAGAAGUGUUACAAAGUGUUUUGCUGGUAUUCUUUUGGCUGUCUUUCGUUUUAGAAUCAUAUACUUUGAAUUGUAUAAUACAUGCCAAACUAUUUGUACAGAGAAGGUUGCCAGCUCAAAGAUUUGUAGCCAUGCAAUUUUAACUAGCACUAUGUGCUUAGUCAUGAAAUCUUUUGUUUUAUUUAUUUAAAUGGCCUGAUCUCAUAAGGUUAAAAGCAGAAAUUUGUAUUGUUGCCAACUAUACUGAUGCUUUUGUGUUUUGUGAAAAUAGUACAAAUUUGAAAUAAGUGAGUGAAGGAGGUUUGAGAACUCCGUGACACAAAUCUUUUUUUUGCGUUGUUGAACCAUUCAGCAUGUGAUAAACCUUUUUCUCCCAUUCAGUAUGUAUACUAAAAUCAAUUGAUUUGACUUGCCGUUCCAGGGUGUGCAAAAACAGAAUUUGUGUCCGUGUAGUUAACCAACCUUCUCAUUUAACUUUUGUAUUAAUUGUAGUCUUACUGGAAACUUGCAAUUCCGUUGAUUUUUUUUUACCAGUAUUUUUUUUACGUUUUGUUGUUUUUGUAUAACCAUUACGCAAAGGCAAAUGUCACUGUUAUGAUUUGACCAGUAAGGAGUAUUCAUUAACCUGCUACCUUACAGAGAUCUGCACGGUUAAAACCAGUCAUGAGUUAAGCUUAAUUUAUUUUCUAUAUAGUUUGUUUAGCAGAGAUCGUGAAUAAUUUAUAUUUUCCGGGUCUUUUGAAGAAAGAGUUGUUAUAACUGUUAAUUGUCACUAUUCUUGUUUUAAAUUAUUAAUUAAUUUAAUGUCGGCCACGUAUCGUCUCUUUGAAAUGAUUACUGUGAUUUCUGUAUACAUUAAACGCCUCUUCAAUCUCGAAAGGAACGUGUUUAGUAUUAGUCAAGUAAGCAAUAAAUUUGUUGGAUCUGUAAUGAA